AUGGCUGCCCUAUCACUCCCACGGACAGCAGCUGCCAGAGGUCUACUUCGCAGAUCAUAUGGCACUGUGCAAAGCACCAUUAUUCCCCCCGCUGCCUCGUCGCCGACCCCCCCUCUCGCCAACUCCAUCCUCCAAGAUGCCAUCACAGCCACCGGGCCUCGGAUGAACUGGACCCGAGAAGAGAUACAGAAAAUCUACAAUACGCCUUUGAACCAACUCACAUAUGCCUCGGCUACGGUUCAUCGUCGCUUCCAUGACCCCGCCGCGAUUCAGAUGUGUACGUUGAUGAACAUCAAGACUGGUGGAUGCAGCGAAGAUUGUUCCUAUUGCGCCCAAUCGUCACGUUACAGCACAGGCCUCAAAGCCACGAAGCUUAGUCCUGUAGACUCUGUGUUAGAAGCUGCACGGGUUGCGAAAGAGAAUGGCAGUACCCGUUUCUGCAUGGGCGCCGCUUGGCGAGAUAUGCGUGGUCGCAAGACGAACUUGAAAAAUAUCAAGGCUAUGGUGUCUGGGGUGCGAUCUAUGGGAAUGGAAGUCUGUGUCACUCUAGGCAUGAUUGACGGUGACCAGGCCAAAGAACUCAAGGACGCGGGCCUGACGGCAUAUAACCACAAUCUUGACACAUCAAGAGAAUUCUAUCCCUCUGUCAUCUCCACCAGAACAUACGACGAACGUUUACAGACGCUUGGGCAUGUUCGCGAUGCCGGUAUCAACGUCUGUUCUGGUGGCAUUCUUGGCUUGGGAGAGGGCGAUGCCGACCGUGUUGGCUUACUCCACACUGUCGCGACGCUUCCCUCGCACCCGGAGUCUUUCCCUGUCAAUGCCCUUGUGCCAAUCAAGGGAACACCGCUGGGAGACAGAAAAAUGAUUUCUUUUGAUAAGAUUCUCCGAACCGUGGCCACGGCACGUAUCGUACUCCCAAUCUCGAUCGUGAGAUUGGCGGCUGGCCGUAUCUCUAUGUCCGAAGAGCAGCAAGUCACUUGUUUCCAAGCCGGCGCGAACGCUAUUUUUACUGGAGAGAAGAUGUUGACGACCGACUGUUCCGGAUGGGAGGAAGAUAAGAAGAUCUUUGAUAAAUGGGGGUACUACCCUAUGCCGCCGUUCAAGAGAGGCGAGUAUAGAGGCAGAGUCACAGCGGAGACUGCCACCCCUCCACCUCCCGAACCGGCCCAGACGCGAUCCCAGUCGGAAACAACAGCAUAA